UCCUUCCUCGGCCCCCACGAGCCCCGCCAUUCCGGACCUCGAUGCCGAGCUCGGUGCCUUACCUUGAGGUCCUGUGACGUUCACGAACCGCCAGAAACAGUGCACGUCGAGAGACUUCGAGACCGUCCGCAAACGCAUAGAGUCUAGAAUCCCUGUCGGGCACUUUGACCGCGGCCCCCCCUGUAUCUUUCACCGCGGUGUGAUUAUCGGGGCCCGCUCCCACGCGCUCUUGGGCGUGCUCGAGCAGCGGAUAGAGCAUGUGCUUGCGGAGUGCGCCAUUCCGGUCGACACGGCAAAGACCCGGAGGGACGUCGACAUGGUCGAAGACGUGUGCGGCUGGCGGCUCAGGCACAACAAGGCCAGCACGUGGUGUCAGUACGAGACAGCGUACCGCGUCGUGCCCCCACAAACUUGACAGCCCAGGCGAGCUUUUUGACCACCGUCGAGCCUUUGUACGAGGCCGAGCCCCGGAACUACCUCCCGGCGAGUCUCCCCCGCCAACAUCCAUCCGCGGUUAUGCGCCGAGUGGGCGGUCGUCGGGUCCUUUUCCAUGGGCUGUCCACAUGUUCCAUUCCAACUCUCGUUUCUUUCUCAAAUCAUCCAUAAUGUCUCCGAAAAUGUCACGGGCUGCGUCUUUCGUCAUCCCCUCUGCGGAGUGGUCCUGGAGCAUUCAUGGCAGAGCAGCGGACCAAAGGAGGUUCAUCAGCCCUGCCCCCCAGCAAAAGGACAGCUCCUCUUGUGGCCUGAUGGUAAUACGUAACGCUACGCUGCGGAUGAACGGACAACCGGUCGGCGAUUGGGGUAACAAGGUGAGCCCGGAACGGCUUCGUCAGGAGUUGGUUGAUUUGUUCAUAACAGCCCCUCGGAAAGACCGCCUACAACCCAAGGCGCGUAGAUCAAAGCGUAAGAGGGCAUGCCACAUGUCAGGCCCAGCGGGGCCACGAAGGUCAUUGGUUAGCGGAAGCACGGCGACGGCAGCACCACUCGAUGGGCUGAAGAGGUGGGGUUUCGGGCAGCCGUCACUGUCGGGAGGAUAAGCAAUAGAGUUGUGGAUCCAGUGUCUCUCAAUUAUCCCUUCUCAGAGUUCUAGAAGAUGGAUGCCUCACUUGUGGACUCCAAGGUUGAGCGAGCCAGGAUUUGCACCA